AUGAUCAUCACGACCGAGUCUUCUUCUUCUUCAUUUCCUUCUCUAGUGUUGAUUCAUAUUGCAAAUUAUAUUCCAUUAUCUAGGCUUGUACAAUUUCAGCUCGUAUGUUCGGAAUGGUAUCAUGUAAUUGAAGAGCUAGAAAGUGGAGAAUUUUGGAAUAUUAAAUUCUGUUCCUACUACUCGGAAAAGAGGAAAUUUUAUGAGAGCUUGCUUCUGGACUUGUAUUGGAAUGACAAAACGCUGAGUAAGAGAUUGAAGUUUAUUGAGAAAAAUCAACAACUGAUGCUGAAAAAACUGAAACACAAAAAGAAUUUUUCACGACAACAAUUGAAGCAAGCAAUCAUUUUAGAAUGGUAUCAAUAUUAUAACACAUUUUUUAAAUAUGAAGGACAUCAUGUUGGGCAGACGAAUUUUUAUAAUUAUAUUUGCAAUUUACCAGAAAAAUCGAUCGUACAACAAGAACGAUGUAAUUUGCGAGCAAAACAGUUUUUGCAUCACAUGCAACAUUUUCCACAAGCCAUUGAAAAGUUCAUGUUUAAAAAAUCAUAUAGAUUCUUGUUGCCUCUUUUGCGAAGCGAUACUUGUACCAAUGACCAUUUGUCAGUGAUUUGUGAAAAGCUCAAACCACGGUUUGAUUUUUUCACAGCAUCGUUAUAUUUUGAUUAUAUCUCUCUUAAACGUUCCAAUCCAUUAUCUACCGAUUUUAUGAAGUAUAUUUUAGAAUCCUACCAAACAUUUCUUAGAAAUGGAAUGAAAGAAUUAUUUGUAAAAAAUUGUUUAAAGUUGAUUCCAAUGUCUCAGAGAAACGCAGAGCUUGACUUAUUUAUUGAACACGUCACAUUGCAUAACAAUGGUGAUUCUAUACAAAGUAUUAUAACUGAAACUUCAUUCGCCAAAAUAAUAAUAGGUGCUUUGAAGGAUAAUGCAUCCCUUCAUGAUAUUAGGAUGUUGAGCGAGAAAUUAGGCAGACAGGUACCAGCUUCAAUUUUGAUUGAAAGUCCCCCAUCAGAAGACUUUUUUAGCUGUUACUACGAUCUAGACUUACGGCAGGACGUUGAACAAUUUUCAAAAAAGCUUCAUGAAACAUUUAAGAACGAUCAUGACACGCUCCUCCUUGAAUCCAUCGUUUUAGAAUUAGACAUUAAUUUAUUUAAAUCUUACAAUGAUCACAACAUCAUGGCAACGAUUCUAUCCUUUAACAAGAAACAGCCCACCGAAAAGCUCAUAACCAUGUUGAAAAAACAAGCAGAAAAGAAUAACAACAAGUAUGGCUAUUUUGAUGGAGACCUCAUGAAUUGGAGAAAGUUUGAUCCUUGCGGCGUAUGGAUGCAUAAAGUACGCUAUCGGUAUGGAUUGUCAUUCAAUCCCAGGUACAGUAUCGGCACAUUCACAUGGCCAUUCAUUCAGCAAAGCAAUGCCAUCUUUCACCAUUCCACAUUGAUCGUUGUCGGGAAUGGUGUUGUUCUUCCAGAAAUUUGUGAAGGAUUGAAACAAAGAACUCGGGUGUUUCUUGACAUGAACAACGAUACGGAAGGCAUUCCUCUUACCCAAUUUAUGUUAGAACUUUAA